AUGUUCGGCAGUGGGUACAAGUACCAGCCUGGCGCGUACGUGCAGGUGAAUUGCCCGGCGAUAAGUGUUUCGGAGUGGCACCCCUUCUCCCUCUUCCCGGUUCCGGGGCCCAAUCCAAGAGCGGGUCUUCACGUGGAGGCGGUGGGUGAUUGGACGAACGAACUGUUCCGCCUGUCCCUCGAGCACCCGAGGAUGCCCCUGUGGAUCACCGCCGCACAGCCCAGCGUAGCGGAGCAGGCCGUUUACUUCGAUAAUGGUAUGAUGAUGCUCGGCCAACGGGAAUAG